GGGGGACUCUGCUACUGCUAGUACUACACCUCUAUGCAGAAUUGCAGAUAUACUUAUACUAGUCAGAGGCCAACUUGUGCUCCUCAUUUCUAAGCAUUGGGAUGCAAAGGAUAAGGGGGGAGAGAUUAGAUUAGAGAGAUAGCCAUGGAGGGAGGUGUUCAUGAGUUCGAUGGCUCAACCUUCAGAGAGUGCUUCUCCCUCUCAUGGAGGAACCCUUAUGUCCUUAGGCUCGCCUUCUCCGCCGGCAUCGGUGGCCUCCUCUUCGGCUACGACACCGGUGUGAUUUCAGGAGCUCUGCUUUACAUCCGUGACGAUUUCCCUUCAGUUGACAAGAACACAUGGCUUCAGGAGAUGAUCGUGAGCAUGGCGGUGGCCGGCGCGAUCAUCGGGGCGGCGAUCGGCGGGUGGGCGAACGACCGGUACGGCCGCCGGACGUCGAUCCUGGUGGCCGACGCGCUCUUCUUCGCCGGCGCGGCGGUGAUGGCGUCGGCGACGGGGCCGGCGCAGCUGGUGGUGGGGCGGGUGUUCGUCGGGCUCGGCGUCGGGACGGCGUCCAUGACGUCGCCGCUGUACAUCUCGGAGGCGUCGCCGGCGAGGAUACGCGGCGCGCUGGUGAGCACCAACGGCCUCCUCAUCACCGGCGGGCAGUUCUUGUCGUACCUCAUCAACCUCGCCUUCACCAAGGCCCCCGGGACGUGGCGGUGGAUGCUCGGCGUCGCCGCCAUCCCCGCCGUCGUCCAGUUCUUCCUCAUGCUCUUCCUCCCCGAGUCGCCGAGAUGGCUCUACCGAAAGGGGAGGGAGGAGGAAGCAGAGGCGAUCUUGAGGAAGAUAUACUCGGCGGAGGAGGUGGAGAGGGAGAAGGAGGAGUUGAAGGAGUCGGUGGAGGCGGAGGCGCGGGAGAGGAGCUCGUCGGAGAAGACGAGCCUGGUGGCGCUGCUGAUGACGACGGCGACGGUGCGGCGGGGGCUGGUCGCCGGCGUCGGGCUGCAGGUGUUCCAGCAGCUGGUGGGGAUCAACACGGUGAUGUACUACAGCCCCACCAUCGUGCAGCUCGCCGGGUUCGCCUCCAACCAGACGGCGCUCGCGCUGUCCCUCGUCACCGCCGGCCUCAACGCCGCCGGCUCCCUCGUCAGCAUCUACUUCAUCGACCGCACCGGGCGGCGCAAGCUGCUCGUCAUCAGCCUCGCCGGCGUCAUCCUCUCCCUCGCCCUCCUCUCCGCCGUGUUCCACGAGGCCACCUCCCACUCCCCGCCCGUCGGCGCCGCCGAGACCGCCCACUUCCACGGCGGCGCGCUCACAUGCCCGGACUACUCCUCCCGCUCGUCGUCGUCGUUCUGGGACUGCACGAGGUGUCUCAAGGCAGCGGCGGCGUCGGCGGGGUGUGGGUUCUGCGCGGCGGGCGGCGGCGACAAGCUGCGCGCCGGGGCGUGCCUGGCGGCGGCGGCGGCGGCGUCGAACGCCACGGCUCGCGACGCGUGCCGCGGCGAGGGGAGGGAGUGGUACACGCGGGGGUGCCCGAGCAGGUACGGGUGGCUGGCGAUGGCGGGGCUGGCGCUGUACAUCGCCGCCUUCUCGCCGGGGAUGGGGACGGUGCCGUGGAUCGUGAACUCGGAGGUCUACCCGCUGCGGCACCGCGGCGUGUGCGGCGGCGCGGCGGCGACGGCGAACUGGGUGUCGAACCUGGCGGUGGCGCAGUCGUUCCUGUCGCUGACGGACGCCAUCGGGGCGGCGUGGACGUUCCUCAUCUUCGGCGGGCUGUCCGUGGCGGCACUCGCGUUCGUGCUCGUCUGCGUGCCGGAGACCAAGGGCCUCCCCAUCGAGGAGGUGGAGAAGAUGCUCGAGGGAAGGGAGCUCCGCCUCAGGUUCUGGGCCAAGCGCCGCCACCACCACGGCGGCGACGGCGACGGCGGCGGAGAAAAGACCGGCGGCGUGUGACACGACACGAGGCCUGUUUAUUUAGCGUUUUGAUGACUGAUUCGUUGCAAAUGAACGAAGGAGUGUGGAUUUGGUCCGAUCACGCACAAACAUGUAGUCAUAAAUAUUUAAGUUUAUUAAGGUAAAAUUUAGAUAAACUUUUGAAACUUUGAUCACUGAUUUCAUAUCAGAUCAAGUUUAUAAAAUCGAUGGCGUUUGCGUUUGGUGAUUUGUGAACGGAGCCCCAUUGACUGGCCUAAUAAAUCAAAGCAAAAGCCAACAUUUAAAUUUUUA